CAAAGUUUACUUGUAAAUUUGAAAUGCUUGAUUAAUGUAAUUCUUUUGUGCAAAUGUAUGAACAAAUAGCUAAGAGUUCACAUUAUGUUUACCUACAUUUUGUAUCUAAAUACAACAUUUGAGACAGUUUUAUAGAAAUUGUAACGUGAGUAAAUGUAUCUGUCUUACACAGAAUACACUGUGAGGUGCAUUCGGUGUACUGGACCGCCUUCACGUGAACACAGCAAAACAAGUUCGUUAUUAUAUAACUAGAAACGUAAUAAAUUUAUCUACAAGUGGAUUAAAUAAUGACUAUUGUUAGGCGAUAAAAUUUGUUUUAGCGUUAAUCUCAUUUGUUUUUAAACGAAGUUAGAUAGAACAUUGAAGUACGUACUAAACGGUUUAACAUUCUUAUAAACAAAGUAUUGUGUAGUAACAUGGGCAUUGCAUUUCUAUAAAUUGUCUGUUAUUUCCUAACACAAUGGAUAUAUCCGGUUUGAAAAAUAUUGACUUGAGUAAUUUUGGAUUUAGUCUACCAGACAACAAUUCAACAGCCUUCGCUUUUGAAUAUGGUAACUAUGAUCCGAAGAAGAUAAUACGCUGUGAGUCCGACGAAGACUGUCCGCCCCACAGCUCGUGCCCACUUCGACAUAAAAUCGAGAUGAGGAACAUCUGUGUGUGCAUACAUGACCUGAUGCCCGCGAAAAAAGACCAAGAGUGCAAAGAAGAUGCAAUAACAGAAGAUGAGAAGGCCCCGUCUGGAGUAAUUCCCCUUACACAUUCAAAGUUCAGACAGAUACCAGAAAACCCAGACUACCAAACCACAUCAGAAAACUCAACACAGCAAACGACUUUAAAAGUGCUGACUGACCAUUCAGAUAUUGAAACCUCGUUUUCAGAAAUUGCAUUCAAAGUUCUCAUACCAUUAGCGGGAGUAUUCUUACUAAGCUUCAUCGUGUUUAUCAUAUUGUACCGAUACUUCCGGGUUUGCCGGAAGACUAAACGCGGAAAAAAUAGUGCCAUUGUGAAAGCUAGUGAGGAUAUUCAAUUACUGGACAAAAUGAAUGUUGUGAAUAAAAAUCCGUCGUACUUCGGAACAAAUGCGGACGGAUAUGGCAAAACGUGGGUAAUACUUGACAUUCCAGUUGAUAAGAUAAGGUUGUUAGAAGUUGUAGGAGAAGGAGCAUUUGGUCAAGUUUACAAAGGUGAACUUGUGCAACAAGAGUCUAAUGACACUAGAAGGGUAGCUGUGAAAGUGUUGAAAGAGGGCGUGUCCAAUGAAGCACGUGCCGAUUUUGAGCGUGAAGUAGAAAUCAUGAGUGCCUUUGAUCAUGAUAAUAUACUCAAACUACUUGGUACAGUUUCUACAGGGAACAAUGACACACCUUAUAUGGUGUUUGAAUACAUGAUGCACGGUGAUCUGGCAGAACUGUUGAGAAAAAACGACCCGGCCAUGAAAAUUGCUGAAACGUCAUUGAUUUUGCAGAAGACUGACCUAGUUGACAUAACAAUACAGAUUGCCAACGGCAUGAAAUAUCUAACAUCACAGCAUUUUGUGCACCGUGACCUAGCCACGCGGAACUGCCUUGUUGGAGAAGGGUUUGUCGUGAAGAUAUCGGAUUUUGGAAUGUCACGUGAUAUUUAUACCUGCGAUUAUUACAGGAUCGGCGGAUCGAGAAUGUUACCUGUACGGUGGAUGUCGCCAGAAGCUGUUAAAUGGGGACGAUUCACGACAGACUCUGAUAUAUGGGCGUUUGGAGUAGUGCUCUGGGAGAUCUUCAGUUACGGACGACAACCUUACUAUGGGCAUACCAAUGAAGAGGUCAUAAAGUUUCUGGAUGAAGGGAUACUGCUACAGAGACCUGAAGAGUGUCCCUCGAUAGUGUAUCACGUGAUGCUACAAUGCUGGAAAUUGGACCCCAAAGAACGAUUGGCCUUUCAUAGAAUACACAAAUAUUUGACGGAAUACAGUAAACAGUUACAGAGGUCGUCAAAAUCAUCUUCAUUCGAUGUCAUAAAUGAAUAUGAGAUUCCAUUGUGAAUGUAUUAAUGCAUAUGGAAUCCAUUGACUUCGCCGAACGAUAUCGUAAAAUGGUCUCAUUGCUAAUUGUUUUAAUACACUAUAAAACAAUUAAGCGUCGUAAAAAAUUGUUAAUCGGAUAUCUAAAUGUGUUGGACCUAGUUGAAAAGGUGUUUUUCUAAAACCGUAUUAUACAUUACAUCAUGUGAGAUUUUGAGAAAUAAUUAUAAGGAAGAUUUAUUAGUUUGCAAAUACAGCUGAAUUUUACUUCAUCCAAUAGCCCGCUACGACAAUCGGCAAGUUGCAUAUUCUCUGUAUGUGAUUUCGGUAAUUUCCGGUUGUUUCGGAGAGUUAUAUUUAGCUACUUUACGUCCGAAUAAUGUCGAAUUGCCAAUCACACGGAAAUUGCCGAAUGUAGUGAUCAGUCAUCUACCUUGAUGUAAUUCUGUUUAAAGGGGAAAUUAUUCUAUGUUGAUUGUUAAAUAUAUUUUCAAAUCUU